UGUCAUACUUAUAAAUAAAAGGGGGAAAAAGUUCAAGCCUCUGGUUAAUGAGGUUCCAUUACGUUUAAUUUUCGUAAACAAAAUUCUUAAAUGCAGCAAAUCCGCAAUGAAGUUCCCAAUCAAUGGAAAGAUUUUAUAUAAUUUAACGAAAUGCUCGCUUUCACAUCAGAUUCAAAAUUCACUUGUUUACAAAUUGCUAAGCCACAAUUACAGCACCGGCGAUCAAAAUUCCAACUCAAAGCAGCCAAACCUUUUGAAGUACCAUGUUUUGCCACUCGAAGAAACGAUGAAACGCUUUAAGACCACCAUUGAACCACUUUUAACCCCGGAGGAGUUGGAGGCGCAGAAAGAGAUCUCGGAUAACUUCAUGCGAAGGGAUGGACAGAAAUUGCAGGACCUCUUGGAAGAAGUUGGCAGCAAUGAGAAGAAUUGGUUGGCCCCUCGCUGGUUAAAUGUUGCAUACCUGAAAUAUCGAUUGCCAGUCACUGCGUAUGUGAGUCCCGGAAUGACUUUCCCAGUUCAGGAAUUUAAAGAUCUACACGAUUACAUCGAUUAUACAUCAAGAGUUAUCUUUGGUUUGGGUAAGUUUAACGAGCUGGUGCAUGCCAAUAAAAUUCCCAUUGUGAAGAUGGGCAAGAACGAGCUGGACAACAGUCAGUUUGGCAAGGUAUUCGGCACCUGCCGGAUACCAAAAAGGAUCCAAGACGAGAUAGUGUACAAUCCGUGCUCCGAUUAUAUCGUGGUGAUCUACAAGAACCAUUUUUAUCAACUCCAAAUUUAUGAUGAGGAGGGAAAACUCAUUGCAGCACCCUGCUUAGCGGCCCAAUUGGAAGAUAUUAUGUUGAAGGAAACGAAGUUAGGCAUUCCCUAUGGCAUUUUGACCACCGAUACUAGGGACAACUGGGCCGAGUCCUAUGGACACCUGGCCAACCCCCGAAACCGGGAAGCCCUCAAAACCAUUCAGACUGCUUUGUUCACCGUUUCCCUCGACGAGUGUUUCGCUCCGAAGGAAGGUGAGGAAGCCGAGGAACUAAUUCUAUCCCUGAUCCACGGAAAGGGAAGCAAAGUGAACAGCGCCAAUCGCUGGAUGGAUAAAACCAUUCAGUUGGUGGUCAAUCCGAAUGGAUUUGUGGGAUUCACCUACGAGCAUUCGCCUGCCGAGGGCCAACCCAUCGCCAUGAUGAUGGACUUUGUGGUAAAGAUGUUGAAGGAGGAUUGCAGUUUUGGGGAUUGCGGAUCCCAGAAUAUUACGCCCGCGAAGAAAAUAGAAUUUUGUCCGCUCACUGAGUGCGUUCAGCAGUGGUUGAUAAUAGCGCAGAGAAACAUUGAUCAACUUGUGAGGCGUCUUCACAUGAAGGUGCUCAAGUUCGAUGGCUACGGAAAGGACUUUAUAAAGAAGCAGAAACUCGGACCGGAUAGCUAUAUCCAGAUGGCCAUUCAGCUGGCCUUCUAUAAGCUACACACCAUCCCAGCUGCUCAAUAUGAAUCCGCACAUUUGCGCAUAUUCGAUGGCGGUCGAACGGAGACCAUUAGGUCCUGUUCCAUUGAAUCCUUGGCCUUCUGCAAGGCCAUGGAAAGUGAGGUGGGCUCCAUUGAGGAGCGGGCUGAAGCUCUGCGUGAGGCGGUGAUGUGCCAUCAGAUGUACGCCAAGUUGGCUCUUGAAGGUCGAGGAGUCGAUCGUCACUUCUUUGGACUGCAGCAGAUGGCCGUGGAGAACUGUUUGCCCAUCCCGGAGUUCUUUUCAUCGCCAGGUUAUGUGAAGUCGUCUGACUUCACCAUAACCACCUCGCAGGUGGCCACCAAGUAUGAUGCCUUCAUGGGAUACGGACCGACCGAGGAGGAUGGCUAUUCCUGCUGCUACAAUCCACGGGAGUGCGACAUCAUUUUGGCCGUUGCUGCUUGGAAACACUGUCCAAUUACGGAUGCCCUCAAGUUUGUUAAGAUGCUGGAAAAGUCAUUUUUGCAAAUGAAGGAUGUGUUGGAAAAGUGUCCUCUUUCGUCAGGGAAACCACACGAGCCCAAAUGCAAAUUGUGAACAUUUUUAAGAGUAGUACAUUUUACCAAAAAUUAAAGUGAUGAAGAAAAAGUUA